CGUGUAAAACAGUGUAAAUGGAAACGUCGCCGUCGUGAAAAUUAUUCGAUUCAUUGUUUUGAACUACCUACUACCCAUUACGUGCUCGAAAAUGCUUGAUAAUGGAGUUUAUCUUUUUUCAAUAGAUAUCCAGCACCACGCGAUCUAUCAGCAGAUUAGAAGAAUCAGUAAGAAAUUGGAGUGUAGCUACAGCUGUAUAGUGGAUUGACCUAGAAGCCAGGUGACAACGACAAGGCCUGCCCGUGAACCAGGAAGUAUUCUCAAGGUCGAACUGGGGCAUGCGCGGUUCACACCCCUCAAUACCGACAACUUUGUCACGUGGCUCAGUCGGCCCAUCUUACUAUAAGUACACGAUUGUGUAUUAUUAGGAAAGUGUUUUUCUGUGAUAAAAGUACUCUAUAAUCAUAUUCUGCUAUGGAAAUUACUUUGUAACUAUUGUGAAAACAGGAAAUUAUGUUUAUAUAGAAUCGGUAACCAUGGCUCAGAAACGCGAACUUGACUUUAACCCUGCUUGCAAGGUUGCAUUGUGUAUUACUAAGACCACCCCUAAAAACGCGAAGAGUUUUCCUCGAAGCCCCUGCUUCCAAAUUAAGGAGCCUGCCUUUCUUGUGCCUAUGUUAGAUAUAAUAAUAAUGUUAGUCGGUAAGUAUCACUAAUAACUAUGUUACCAAAAAAUGUGAACGUUAAGAGACAAUUAAUUAUACAAACUAUUGACAAUGUUAAAUAAAAACAGUGCAUACAAACAAUGAGACUUUUAAUUAUUUAAUAACAAUGAGUGGGUUGGUGUUGGGUGAGGCUACCAGCUCCUCGACUUCCGAUGAAGAUGACGACCUAUACGUGUUUAAGGAGGAGCCUUGUUCUCCGGUAGCAAGCUACUCCUCAGAUCCUCUACAAUACACUGUAGAAAGUAGUAACUCGACCACAGUCAACAAGACAGCAAGCCCUUGCAAGGUGUGCGGUGAUAAAGCCUCUGGCUAUCACUACGGCGUCACGUCAUGCGAGGGAUGCAAGGGGUUCUUUCGCCGCAGCAUCCAGAAGCAGAUUGAAUACCGUUGCCUCCGUGACGGCAAGUGUCUUGUUAUCAGACUGAACAGAAAUCGUUGCCAGUUCUGCAGAUUCAAAAAGUGUCUAGCAGUUGGCAUGAGCCGUGACUCCGUGAGAUACGGCCGAGUCCCCAAGCGUCCCCGAGAAGCCGUCGUCGCCGAAGUGAAGUUAGAGCCGGCCGCUGCCUACGCCGCUAACGUAGAGGUGAUCCCGCCGCCCGAAACCAUGGAGACGGAGCCCGCGCGCCCGGAGAUGUCCAGCGAGGAGCUGGUGAAGCUGAUCACGACAGCGCACCGCAAAACCAACACCUACACGGAGGAGCUGCAUGUGCCACUGCCACGCGACGUCUACAUGCGAAUCCAUGACGACUCUGAAGGCAGUGGCGGCGAGGACGUGGCGUCGUCGAGCACUGACGCCGUGACCGACAUGCGCUCUAUACUGUGGCACAGAUUCGCGCAGCAGAUGACUCCCGCCAUCCCUCUAGUGGUCGAGUUCGCCAAGCGACUGCCCGGCUUCUUCAGCCUCCCGCAAGAUGACCAUCUCAUCCUCAUUAAGCAAGGGUUCUUCGAAGUCUGGCUGACUCGUGUGACCGACCACUCUACUCAGGAAUGCAUCAUGUUCGAGAAUGGCACUACAUUUACCUAUCAGGAGCUGAUGGUGAUGUAUGAUCAACCAUUUGCGUCGGCACUGAUGACGUACAUUUGGAAAAUUCUGAGGAUGCAGAUCACCGAGGAAGAGAUGGCCUUGUACACCAGCACCCUGCUGAUGUGCCCGCACCGCGUCGGCCUCAGCACCCCCGAUCGCAUCAGUGGUCUGCAGCAAACCUUGAACGACGCACUCAUAAAUAACAUGAUAACCAACGGAGGUGGUCCUGAGGCGACAGCCAUUGCCCGCGCCCGCUACGAAGCCUUCGCUGCGGCCAGGAACGAAGUCCGCCUCAUAGGGGCCCGACAUCACGUUCUUCUCUCGUAUCCUCGAGAACGCUGGCCACGCCUGUUGCUGCCUGAUCUGUUCAUAGAGAUAUUUGAUAUUCCGAGGUACGAAGAUCAGAACACUGAAGCAGUUGCGGCAGCGUCGACUUCGGCGGUGACUACGUCGACGGCGGUGGUUGUGGCGCCGGUCGCUCAGUCCUCCCAAUCCCCUCACUCCUCUCAGACUCCGCAGGUCCCGCAGCGGGGCUAGUUCACGACAACAGUAGGAUGCAAUGUCAACAUCGAUGAAGAAGGCUUGACUGAUGAACUUAUUGGAAAUAUUAUUUUAUAACAUUUUAGGAUAACCUAUUGCGCCAAAGUUUCUAUCCACAGAUUUUCUAACCAUGAACAGCAUUGAAAGUAUUUGAUAGUCAGAGCCCUACACAUUCAAUGCCAAGCAAAUUAUGGCUUCUCUCUUAAUUGCAACACAGUCUCUGAAAGUUUCAUUUUACCGUACAAGGCCGAAAGGUUUUCAGAGGAAAAUGUUUAUAUAAUAUUUUAGGAUAUUCAAAAUUUUUAGGUACCAUUUUCUUUAGCCGAUAUUUAGUAUUAUUUAUUACUUGAAUGAUUGGAUGACGCCCAGAAUACGGUGUACGUAUAUAACGUGGAAUAUCGAAGACGGUGCAUUGUCGCCGCCAACUAUAAGUACCAUGAAUAGUAAAUAUGGACAAGGCCUUAACCCUGGUAGUCAUUUGGAUAGGCAGUCAAUUUA